GACACAAAUGUUGAAACAAAAAAAUAUUUUUUUUUGCUCGAUUACACAAUCAUAAUUCAAAAGAGUUAUCAGCAGAGGAUUCUUGCAUAUAUAAGAACUUCAGAAUGGUGCUUGAAUGUUUUAUUGGGCAAUUCCAAUUUGUUGUUCUCCCGUUCAAAAAUUUCAAUGCAAUACCGUGCCCCUUCUCCAGGGUGCUAGAUAGAUUUAAAGAACCAAACGAUUUCAAUUAAAAAAAACUUCUCAUGAUGGCUUCUUCAGUUGUUAAAUGUCCAGCAACCAUUAUGUCAUCUAGCAAGUAUAGGAUCCGUCAAAAGGUACCGCAAGUCAGAGCUCAGAGCUACGAGGAUGAAGGUAAAUCAAGGCAUGUUGUCGAUGCAAACUUACAAGUAUUAAAGCAAAGAAUAGAAGAAGUGAAGAUCAAAGAGAGAAUGGAGAGGUGUUUGACAUGUAAGCAAGGUUGGAAUUAUACAGCUACUAAUGCAAGUUUAUAUUAUGACAAGAAGAGCAAGAAAGAAUAUUUGGAUUACAUAUCUCAAUGUGCUGAACUUUUGGGGAUGGUUGGCGGGACUAUUGGAUUUACUAUUCUUUGCUGCACUCUUUGUCUCUGUCUUACUUCCCUGCUUAUUCAUUUUAGUCUUUAAUUACACAUUCGUUGGAGCUUUUUGUAUGUGUUAACUUCUUGUAAAGAUUUUUCCAAGAACUCUGUUGAAGUAUUC